AGAACAUCAAUAGUGCACGCAUCAGGCCCUUUAAGUUGUGGCUCGUAUCUCAGAUGCGACGCAGCCUGCAGGCGGACAUUUUGGCUUCAUGUGCUAGUCCGUCUUUCCGGCGGAUUUCUGAUCGAUACUUGUUUUUCUGGACGAUGAUUGGUCAACUCACCUCGCAGAAUUUGAGUCUGUCGCUUGGACAGAUCUGGACAGAUGUUGCCAACUCAAUUGCAUUGAAGACGGGGCCCUCAUCAAACGUCUGUAUGGAUUUUGCCAUGAAGGCAGAUCUCACGCUCAUGUGACAAUACAAGGAUACUUUCCAUAAGCUUUCCAUAUGGGCGUCUUGAGAAACGCCAACUACAUGAGGCCUACCAGUGGCUGAGGUGGUGUCGGUAGCAUAUACAUGGGCCUUGACCGUCGAUAUCUCGACACUUAAAGGUGGCACACCACGAUACCGUACGUCUCAAUCUCCUUACUGUCUUUCUCGCACUCAAUAGGCGAACCACAGCUCUUGACGAGCUCCCCUCGAUCAUUCAAUACCUUCCCAGCAGCGAAGAUGCUUUCCAUUCUUUUUCUUUCACUCAUUGCGGUGGCUCCAUCUGUAUUUGCGCACGGUUUUCUUGGUCAAGUCGCUAUUGAUGGGAAAUGGUACGCCGGCAAUGUACCCAACAAUUACAAGGGCCCUAGUCCCAUUCGUCUUGUCAAUGAUAUAGGCCCUGUCAAAGGUUCCUCCAAUGAUGAUCUUAUGUGCGGCCUCAGUGCUCAGAAAGCAGCCAUGGUCGUACCAGCGAACCCAGGUAGCAAGGUGACCUUCCAAUGGUCUGGCGGAGGUGGUCAAAAGUGGCCCCACAAUACAGGUCCUCUCAUGACAUAUAUGGCAUCUUGUGGUUCUACGUCCUGCGGCCAAUUUGAUCCUUCAGGCGCUCAAUGGUUCAAGAUUGACGAAGUAGGCAGAAAGUCAGAUGGGAACUGGUACCAAAUGGAUAUCUCUAAAGGCGCAUCUUUCGAUGUCAGCCUUCCCCAGGACCUUGCACCAGGAGGAUACCUCAUUCGUCACGAGAUUCUUGCCCUGCAUCUUGCCGUAAGCAUGGGUGGAGCAGAGUUCUAUCCUUCCUGCACACAAGUCCAGAUCGGUGGUAACGGAAGCGGCAAGCCGAAUGCAACAGUUUCCUUCCCAGGUGCCUACUCAGACUCUGAUCCUGGCAUCUACGACCCAACGAUUUACGACUCAGGCUCUCAGUACACCUUCCCAGGCGGGCCUGUUUCCAAUCUGGCAGCGACAAGCGACUCGUUAGGUGCUCCCGCAUCUGGAUCAGCUUCUUUCCCUUCCGGGACUGCCGCCCCCUCCCCCUCCCCCUCCGGCGGUUCAGGCUCAGGCUCUGGUUCAUCCUCGUCGGGAGGGAACGGCGGAUCGUCUUCUUCAGCCACUUCUCCCACAAGUGCUUCUUCGUCUUCCUCUGGAGGCUCGCAAGGCGGUGGUAGCUGUUCUUUGAAACGCAAAAAAUCGUCACCAGGGAAUAACAACCAUCCAAGACACUACAGUCGUAUCAUGAAGAGAAUAAUGCACCACGCUACUGCCGUGUCCUCGUUCUAAAGUCGUCCUGCAUUAAGUUGUCGUGGAGACUACGGUCAGUCGUGAUCACUGCUCCAUGUCCUCCAUCCCUAUGGGUCUAUAUCUCACUCUUGAGAAAGUUGUAUACCUUGCAUAUCCUUCAUGACUAGUUCAAAGGUACAUACCCCGGGGUUACAGCUCGACUCUGUCAUCAACAUUAACCAUUUUUACAUUAUUCGCCCUUCCACAAUAUUUACGAUUUAAAUAUGCUGUAUCAUUAGGAAUACUUUGUAUGUAGUCCCGGGGAACGCAGUAUCUCGUUUAUGUAUUAUUCAACCAUCACGCAUCACGUUCUGGAUCAGGAACUACACACGGAUGAAGGCAGUAGUAUUACUCUCACAUUUCACUAUCUACUUUUGUCAGCAAAGAAAUGUCGAAGGUCGAUCAGAGUUGGUUGACUCAUUUCGAAGUGGUUUUCG